CGAAUGCACUGCAUUAAUCAGAACUUGAAAGGUGAGGACACUGAACACAUGGCGUAGGAUGAGCGACGUAACCUGCCUCCAUCAUGUGGAUAACUAUACUGUUGGUAGUGUUCGUGAUGCUGAUAUUCAUGUACAGAUGGCACAGACAGAGCCAGAUACUGCAGAAUCUCACAGAUAAAUAUGUGUUCAUCACUGGAUGUGAUUCUGGAUUUGGGAAUCUCCUGGCGAAGCAGAUGGAACGGCGUGGCAUGCUAGUACUGGCAGCUUGUAUGACAGAGAAAGGGUCAGAGGAUCUGAAGAAGGAGACAUCCCGCAGACUGCAGACCGUAAUCUUAGAUGUCACAGAUAGCCAGAGUGUAAGCUCUGUUGCCAAAUGGGUUACUCAUACGGUUGGUGACAAAGGGCUGUGGGGUUUGGUGAAUAACGCAGGGACUGGAAUGCCUGGUUGUCCCAACGAAUGGCUAAAUAAACAAGAUUUUACCAAAGUGUUGGAUGUCAACUUACUUGGGACAAUUGAUGUGACCCUCCAGUUCCUGCCACUAAUCCGAAAAUCGCACGGGCGCAUUAUUAAUGUUUCCAGUAUUGUAGGAAGGGUGACAAUCUGUGGGGGAGGCUACUGCAUCUCAAAAUUUGGUGUGGAGGCCUUUUCUGAUAGCCUAAGACGCGAGUUAAGACGCUUUGGGGUUAGAGUGUCCAUUAUAGAGCCCGGGUAUUUCAAGACACCAUUAAAUGACCUAAAACACAUGAAGGAAACCCUGAAGAACAUAUGGAGCAAUGCCAGGCCGGACAUCCAGCGUAGCUAUGGAAUUCAGUACUUUCAGGACUAUGUUACAGACAUGGAGAAGACCUUCUUAUCUCUAUGCAAUACAGAUCUAACCCCUGUCACCCAAUGCAUGGAGCAUGCUCUGAUAGCUGUAAAUCCUUGGACACGCUACUCUGCAGGAUGGGACGCCAAGCUCUUCUUUAUUCCAGUCUCAUACCUGCCCACCUUCCUGUCCGACUAUCUACUAACACACUCUGUUCCAAAGCCAGCUAAGAACACAUCUCAUUAACUUAAGCAAUUGUAACAUGUAACUAUGCAUUCCGGAACAGGUUUUCUAGAUUGCACUU